CCUAUAUAUAUAAAUAUAUGCCAACCACAUUGUCUCUUCGAUCCUCUAAAAAACUUAACAGGAAGAAAGUCAUCUCUCUCUCUAAAGAGCACAACACCAUGACUAGUACGGGCAGGGAGAUUCUACACAAGAUGAAGGUGAAGGCUGGAUUGAGUUCAUCUGCAUCUGGUGACACAGGGAAAGGCAAGAGCAAGAUGUCAAAGCAUAUUACACAUGGUUAUCAUACGGUGGAGGGAAAAUCAAAUCAUGCCAUGGAAGAUUAUGUAGUCUCUGGUUUCAAGCAAGUGCAUGAAAAAGAGUUGGGCUUAUUUGCUAUAUUUGAUGGUCAUUUGGGACAUGAUGUUGCAAGCUACUUACAAACGCAUUUGUUCGAUAAUAUCUUGAAAGAGCAUGACUUCUGGACUGAUACGGAGAGUGCAAUAAGGAGAGCUUACCGUGCAACGGAUGCUGAGAUAUUGGAGAAUGCGAUUGCCUUAGGAAAGGGAGGAUCAACUGCUGUUACAGCGAUGCUGAUCAAUGGCCAGAAGCUAGUAGUAGCAAAUGUGGGAGAUUCUCGAGCAGUUAUGUGCAAGAAUGGUGUGGCCGAACAGCUGUCUGUUGAUCAUGAGCCAAGCAGGGAAAAGGGAAUGAUCGAGAGUCGAGGUGGUUUUGUGUCAAAUAUUCCUGGGGAUGUCCCACGAGUCGAUGGACAGCUUGCUGUAGCGAGGGCAUUUGGUAACAAGAGCUUGAAGAUACACCUCAGUUCAGAACCUGAUAUGUCCGAGCAGAUGAUUCACAAUGAUAUAGAGUUUCUCAUUCUGGCAAGUGAUGGCAUAUGGAAGGUGAUGUCUAACCAAGAAGCAGUAGACUGUAUAAAGCACAUUAAGGAUGCUCAUUCAGCAGCAAAGAACCUGGUAGAAGAGGCACUUUCCAGGAAAAGUAAGGAUGACAUAUCUUGCAUAGUUGUAAGGUUCCGAUGAUAACUAUCUUUGGGAAAGCAGAAUCUGAGAUUUCCAUUAACGGUGGAAAUGCUAGCUAAUAUGUGUGUAUACUAUACAUAGACCUUUUCCCCUUCUGUUAUAUAGAAUGUUGUAAUCAUUGUUGCAUGUACAAUUGAGAAAAUAAAGUUCACUUACUACUUGAAAUUCUUCCUCAGAUGCUGAAAUUAAUAGCUGAAUUGCAUGGAGAGUGGAAUCUGUAAACCAUAUCUGUAUUAUUGUUUUAUUCAUAUUACAUUUCUAUCAAACUAUGCUAAC